AUGGGUCUCUGUUUCUCCUCCGCCAAAGUCUCCGGCCGCCGCAACCGCAGCCCCCGGACUCCUCCUCUCACGGUGGCUAAACCAAGACCACACCAAACCCCAUGUUCAUUCAUGGCCGUAACGAUCCAGAAAGACCAUAGGACGACGACCCAACAGCGACGGUCGACCGCGGCUAAGAAAACGUCGACGAACACGCAGACGCGACAGACGCCACCACACCACGGGAGAACGAGAGAGAAGGUUAACAAUAACAACGGGAGGAGACACGGAGAAGCGAUCCCGUACGGUAAGCGAGUCGAUUUUGGGUACGCGAAAGAUUUCGAUAACCGUUACACCAUCGGAAAACUGCUCGGACAUGGCCAGUUCGGUUAUACAUAUGUCGCUACCGAGAAAAAAACCGGAGAUCGUGUCGCUGUUAAGAAAAUAGAUAAAGCCAAGAUGACAAUUCCGAUAGCUGUGGAAGAUGUAAAGAGAGAGGUGAAGAUACUACAAGCUUUAACAGGACAUGAAAACGUGGUUCGGUUUUAUAAUGCCUUCGAAGACAAGAACUCUGUUUAUAUAGUCAUGGAGUUAUGCGAGGGUGGUGAAUUGCUUGAUCGGAUAUUAGCCAAGAAAGAUAGCCGUUACAGUGAAAGAGACGCGGCGGUGGUAGUGAGACAAAUGCUUAAAGUUGCGGCUGAGUGUCAUUUGCGCGGUUUGGUUCACCGUGAUAUGAAACCAGAGAAUUUUCUGUUCAAAUCAACCGAAGAAGACUCGGCUCUAAAAGCUACAGAUUUCGGUUUAUCAGACUUCAUAAAACCAGGCAAAAAGUUUCAUGAUAUCGUAGGGAGCGCGUAUUACGUAGCACCUGAAGUGUUGAAACGAAGAUCAGGACCAGAAUCAGAUGUGUGGAGUAUCGGUGUUAUCAGUUACAUUCUUCUCUGUGGGAGACGACCUUUUUGGGAUAAGACUGAAGAUGGCAUCUUCAAGGAGGUUUUGAAGAACAACCCUGAUUUCAGAAGAAAACCGUGGCCAAACAUUAGCAACAGUGCCAAAGAUUUUGUCAAGAAGUUAUUAGUCAAAGACCCGAGAGCGAGAUUAACAGCUGCACAGGCACUAUCACAUCCAUGGGUUAGAGAAGGAGGAGAUGCAUCUGAGAUUCCCAUUGACAUAUCUGUUCUCAACAACAUGCGUCAGUUUGUGAAAUUUAGCCGCCUCAAGCAAUUCGCUCUAAGGGCUUUGGCAACAACACUUGAUGAGGAAGAAUUGGCUGAUCUUAGAGACCAGUUUGAUGCUAUUGACGUUGAUAAGAAUGGAGCUAUUAGCCUUGAAGAGAUGAGACAGGCUCUUGCGAAAGAUCAUCCAUGGAAGCUUAAAGAUGGAAGAGUUGCCGAGAUUCUUCAAGCGAUUGAUAGCAAUACAGAUGGUUUUGUGGAUUUCGAAGAGUUUGUUGCUGCUGCGUUACACGUAAACCAAUUAGAGGAGCAUGAUUCUGAGAAGUGGCAACAGAGAUCAAGAGCAGCAUUUGAGAAAUUCGACAUAGACGGAGAUGGAUUUAUAACAGCCGAGGAACUUCGGAUGCACACUGGCUUGAAAGGAUCCAUUGAGCCACUUCUUGAAGAAGCAGAUAUUGAUAAUGAUGGUAAAAUCAGUCUCCAUGAGUUCCGUAGACUUUUGAGAACUGCAAGUAUCAAAUCAAGAAAUGUUAGAAACCCUCCUGGUUAUCUUAUAACUCGGAAGGUCUAA